AGAUGCUGCCCGGUGAAUUGUGUUGUCAGUUCGUGGUCUAGUUGGGGAUCUUGCAACGCGCGUUGCGAAAGUAAUGGUCAACAAACACGCAGCCGCAGGGUAACAACUGCGGCUUCUUGCAGAGGUACUCCCUGUCCAACACUGAUACAAACAAAGUCUUGCCGAGGGCCCUGUUGUCGAAGAGAUUGUCAGGUACAGUUUAAUAUAGUUCGCAGGUGAUAAAUUAGUUCAUUUAAGUUCAUUCUAAGUCAUCCAAUGUUAAAUAUAAACUUGCGCUGAAUUACCCCCAAUUCAGCACAAAAACAUCCACUGCCCAAAAACCUCGUCAAGGAAGUUGAACUCUGUAACGCACGUUACGGGACCCAGAAAUAGUGUCUCCUUCCCUGAGAAGAGGUGUCCCAAAGGAGUGGUUCAACUGUAUUGCUUUUAUAUAUAUAUAUCUUUUUCAUUCAGGUUAGCAGUUGGUCAUCUUGGGGGUCAUGUUCUGCACCUCCAGGCAGAUGCAGCACGAACAGUGGUACAAAAAAAAGAACAAGAAGGGUGACUUUAUCUCCCAGCUGUGGAGGAUCAUCGUGCCCUACAUUAACCGACACAUCUCAAUGUACACCUGUUCCCAUCCCUUGCAAG